AUGAAAAAAAGUGAGGCGCCUCUGAGAAAAAUAAUCGGGCUUUGUUAGACUUGGAACUUGAGAGUCUCUUCUCCCGUUCUCCUUUCAGCCCAGCAUCUCAACAAUCAUACCUUUAACGGCUUUUCCGGUAACCUCGCGCAAAGAUCUUUUCAGAUUUGUAUUGAAGAAGGAAACAUUGAAAGUGCAAAAGAAUUGGCAGUCAUGAGCAUCACAGUGAGUUCUGUAGAAAAGGGGGAUUCUAACAAGGUAUCAUCCUUAAAUUUUCUUGACAAGUCUGUUCAAAAUUAGCUCUACUUGAUUUUAGUUGCUUAUAGUCCACAGACUAAUUGCUUUUGGGAAAUUUGGUGGAGUUUUAAUUUCUUUUUUUCUGAAAUGAUUGACAAGGUGUGCAUGGUCAUCCUAGGGGUACCCUUGCAUGCCCAAAUUUUUCCAUGAUUGAGUUGCAAUUGUCUGACCAGUCAGCCAUCUUGGAUUGACCUGUUUAAAUUCUACUCAGAUUCAAGUUGGGUUUAGGUUACACAAUCAGGAUGGAAUUGAUGGACCAAGCUAACCCAUCUAGCCCGCCUAGUUUUUCAGAUUACAAUUUCUGGAAUAAUUCAGGUUCAAGAUAUUUUUUCUUUACCCUUUUUAAGCUUUAAUCCAAUGGAUUGCAUCCAUUAUUAUAUAAAGCACUUCAUGGCCAAGAGGUCAAUGUUUGAGAAUGGUGAACUUUGGUUCCUCCUAUGUCUUGGUAAGUGCUUCUCUAUCUUGUUACUAGUUGAGGGAACUGGUCCGAGUUUUAUAUGGGUAAUUGUAAUUUCAACUCUCCAAUCAUACUUGUUCAGCAGUUUUCCUAAUCCAGUGUUGCAGGGAUAUGGAUACAGGAGUUAGAAUCCGAUGCAUGUCCAAGAAUCUGACUCGGCAAGAUCAGAAAACAUGGACUUGUGGAAAUGUCUAUGGAAAAAUAUGUACUGUUAAAAUAAAAGUAGUUCAUAUAUAUAUUUUUUAAUUCUAAUAUCAUACCUGCAAAAAAAAUGUUGACUUUAUUACUAAGGCCCUGUUUGUUUGCAGUGCAAAUCUCAACCGAAUACAAAUUUGCACCCACCUCAGCUUUACAUCUAUUUGUUUGUGGCUAUGUUUUUCACUACUCACAAACAAACAAAACAAAGUCAAAUAUGAAACAAAAUUAAACUAGAAUCCACACCCCAUAUUCGCUUCCUUGCAUUGAUUAUCCUAUUCAAUUUUGUCUAUAUAAAAAGAUGUUGCCUGUUAUGCAAAUCCCUUUGCAUUAACAAAAACAUUAAUUGGCAAUGUUGUUUAUCUUUAAUAAAUAACAAACUCCUAAUAAUAUGCAUAUGAAGGUAAAUCACAGGUUUGGAGCUUCAAGCCUUAAACAAGCUCAUGCCUUAAUCUAAGUAUUUUAACUGCUUUUACUGGUUCCUUGGUCAACGCAAUCAAUAUUUUAUCCUUAAGUUGAUUACCUCCUUUAUGAGCAACAAUAAUAUCUACAAAAUUGCCAGUUUCCCAAGCUAUGGCUUUGGAGUACCUUUUACCACUUGGCCUUCAUUUGACAUUUCUGGUAAUUCAUGUUAGGAUUCUUUAAAUUGAAUAUUGGUAGUUUAGCUUGUAAGAUCUUCAGGACUUACUCUUGGACUUUAUUGAAAGAGGAAUCUCCUGUGCUAACACUAAAGAUGGCAUUUAAAUUAGAAGGCAUACUGUUAAAGCUUCAUUCCAUAAUCUUUUUUUUGUAGAAGCACCUUAAAUUUUCUUGUUGCCUUUCAUUGUCAAUGUGCUUUGGUUGGGCUAUAUCUGUUCAGCCGCAUUGUUCCAUAUUUGAAUAGGGUACUGCUACUUGUAAUAUUAUGCAGUUUGAGCUAUAUUGUUAUUUCCUACAACCAUCAUUGCAGCAUCCUAGAAAUUUGAGUGAAAAAUAUGCCGUAACAUCAAGAAAAGAAUUCCCUAUUUUUUUGGAUUAACUCCUUUUAACUGUCUUACCUCUUCAAAUCUUCGUUUAUCUUGUCGUAAAAGGUUUAUGGUUUAGUGAGGGCCAUCUAAACCUGGCACCAAUCAAUCGUCUCUUGCUCAAUGUAUACUAGUAGCUGAAUUUUAUGCUGAUAGGUGAAACUGACAUCAUGUUAUCAGUGCUUUUAGGGUAUGACCUUUCAGUUCUAAAGCAAAUUUUAGGAGAAAGUGGAUUGCAAUUUACAUCAAAUACAACAUAAAGCUUCUGUAUUAAUCAUAUUACUAUAGGAGACAGAUAUAUUUGCUUUAUAGUUUAUAGUUCAAUAUACAUGGUUAGCAACUUCCACAAAUACUAAUUCCACUGAUUUGUUUAAGGUAUAAAACCUUCAUAAUCUGUAAAAUAUCAGGCAAUAUCUACCUCCUCAAGCUCCAUGCAUCGUAAGAUGAGGAUACAAUAAAAUAUGAUGUGUAAUUGUAUAUAUGUAUGUAUAUAUUACACCAGAGAGAUAGAGAGUCAUCGCCAUUUUUCUACUAAUGGUUUGAUGAGGGUGCUGUUUGAUUGCAGGAUAUGAAUGGGAACUCUUCAAGUGUGAACUUCAUUGUUAUUUUUGUCUUGGGACAAAUAGUUUUCAUCUCUUCAUUAAGAAGAUCAUUUGGAACAUAAAGAUAGAAAAAGAAGCAAAUAGUUAUGGAAAAGAACCAUUAUCAUCUAAGCCUUGUCCCAACUAUAUGGAGUUGGCUACAUGAAUCCUCAUCUUCCAUUCCAUUCCAUUAUAUAUUGUGGAAAUAAACCAUAAUAUAUCCAAAUGCCAUCACACUAGCAUCAUCUUUGCUCUUCUACUUCUAGUCCUAGUAUUUCACAACAUGGUGGUCCAGGCAGUGGCAAGGGCGCUCAAUGUGCAAACAUUGUCAAACAUUUCGGAUUUACCCAUCUUAAUGUUGGAGAACUUCUUGAAGCAGAAAGCAAAUCCAACUCUGCAAAUGGGUGCAUAGAUCACAUGCUUUUCUGUGUCAUUUGCAUGGCAAAAACCAGUUGUGAAUGAAUACUGAGAACCAUGAUCAAGAACAUGAAGGAGGGAAAGCUUGUUCCUAGCGAGAUAACAGUUGAACUCCUUCAGAAAGCAAUGCAGGCAAGUGAAAACAAAAAAUUUCUUAUAGAUGGCUUCCCUCGUAGUGAAGAGAAUCGUGCAGCCUUUGAGAAAAUUGUAAGAAUUGAGCCAGAAUUUGUAUUAUUCUUUGAUUGUCCAGAAGAGGAGCUCACAAGACGCCUUUUAAAUAGAAACCAGGGAAGAGAUGAUGAUAACAUAGAAAGCAUACAAAAGCGGUUGAAAGUUUGUGAAUCCACUCUACCUGUAAUUGAUUAUUACACCCAAAGAGGGAAAGUUUGGAAGAUUGAGGCUGACAGAACUAUGGAAGAGGUUUUUGAGGAAGUCAAGAUUGUCUUCUACGAAGCUCUAAAAGGGAAGAUUUGAUAAGUAAAAUCUUGUUUAUGGGAGAGGAAACAGAAGCAAGAAAUGAGGCGCAUUAACCAUCAACCUUUUUCCAACCUCAGAUAAGAAUUGCACAUGAAAGACAAAUUUUGUAAAGUGAGAUAUGAAAUCUUGAUAAUUUAAAUCUAGGUUGCGUGUUCCUCACCUUUGUUUAGUAGUUAUUUCCAAACAGCAUUCAGAAUGUUUAAGUAAAUAAAUAUUCUACAUCACUACAUGUAUGGAUGAUUAUAUUCGCAUCAAAACAUUUUGAAAUACACAACUAUAUAAAACUAGAUAUAUUAUGUC